AUGGUGCGUCAAUGUGCGGCCUUUGUCCUGUUCCUCAUCAGGAUGGGGCUGCUGUUGGGCCUCGCUAACCCCCUGGUGACCUCUGCAUCGUGUCCCUCUGCAUGCCGCUGUGAUGGGACUUUCAUCUACUGUAAUGACCGUGGCCUGACGUCCAUCCCCUCUGGCUUACCCCAGGACGCAACAAUACUUUUUCUGCAAAACAACCGAAUUAAGAGUUCAGGAAUCCCAAAAGAUCUAAACAGGCUGUCCAACGUGGAAAAGAUCUAUCUUUAUUGCAACAAUCUUGACGAAUUCCCCACUAACCUUCCUCUGGGGGUUAAAGAGCUCCACCUACAGGAGAACAACAUUCGCAUGAUUACGCAUUCAUCCUUGGCCCAGAUUCCCUAUAUUGAGGAACUGCACUUGGAUGACAACUCUGUAUCAGCGGUCAGUAUUGAGGAGGGUGCCUUUAGAGACAGUAAUCAUCUCAGAUUGCUGUUCCUCUCCAGAAACCACCUGAGCACCAUCCCUUCAGGUCUUCCUAUGAGCAUUGAAGAGUUGCGCUUUGAUGACAACCGCAUCUCCUCCAUUUCAGAGCAGUUACAGGACCUCAUCAACCUUAAACGACUGGUGCUGGACGGAAACCUACUUAACAACCGUGGGAUUCAGGAGCUGGCCUUUGUCAAUCUUAUCAACCUGACGGAGCUCUCCUUAAUGAGGAACUCACUCACAGCACCCCCUGCUAACUUACCGGGCACCAGUCUGGAGAAGCUGCAGCUACAGGAUAAUCACAUCAAAGUUGUCCCACCUGGAGCCUUCGCCUUCCUAAGGCAGCUCUAUCGCCUGGACCUGUCCGGUAACAACCUAAGCAGCCUCCCACAAGGAGUGUUUGAAGACCUGGACAAUCUGACCCAGCUCUUGCUUAGAAACAACCCCUGGCAGUGCAACUGCAAAAUGAUGUGGGUUCGCGAUUGGCUCCGAUCGCUGCCAACCAAAGUGAAUGUACGAGGCCUCAUGUGCAAUGGACCAGAUAAAGUAAAAGGCAUGGCCAUCAAAGACCUUACCACAGACAUGUUUGAAUGUUCGGAUUCAGAAAUACUCUCAACAUUUGAAACAAGUACUGUCUCCAACACCCCCAGGCCCUCACAGCCACAGAGGCCAUCUUUUGUCACUCGGAAACCUGAACGGAAAGACUUUGGGAGAAACUAUUACAGCACGACAACUACAGGCAGAAAGAUUAUCACCAUCAGUGUUAAAUCCAGCACUACUGAUACCAUUCACAUAUUAUGGAGGCUGUCGCAGCCUGUGACUGCACUCCGACUCAGCUGGUUCAAGCUGGGGCACAGCCCGCCUUUUGGCUCCAUAACAGAGACCAUUGUGCAGGGCGAGAGGACUGAAUACCUGCUCACUGGGCUGGAGCCAGAGUCUUCCUACAGGAUAUGCAUGGUUCCCAUGGAGACCAGUAACAUCUACCUGUCAGACGAGACCCCCGUUUGCAUAGAAACAGCGAGCGGAUAUCACAAAUCCUACAAUCCCACAACCACUUUAAACAGGGAGCAGGAGAAAGAGCCUUACAAAAAUUCCAGUCUGCCUUUGGCUGCUAUUAUUGGGGGAGCCGUGGCUCUUUUGGCAAUAAUAAUGUUGGCUUUGGUGUGCUGGUACAACACUGAUGUGUUGAUGAACCUUCUGCUGACCUGA